ACCUUAGUUGGAUCUCCAAAAUACAAGUGAAUCAACCAGCAGUUCUAAGGCACGCAGAACAGAUCCAGGCUCGCAGAUCCGUGAAAAAGGAAUGGCAAGCUGCUUGGCUCCUGAAAGCGGUUACAUUUAUAGAUCUUACUACACUUUCAGGUGAUGAUACAUCUUCCAACAUCCAAAGACUUUGCUAUAAAGCCAAAUAUCCAAUCCGAGAAGAUCUCUUAAAAGCCUUAGAUAUGCAUGAUAAAGGCAUUACUACAGCUGCUGUUUGUGUUUACCCAGCCCGAGUAUGUGAUGCUGUAAAAGCAUUGAAGGCUGCAGGCUGUAAUAUCCCUGUGGCAUCAGUGGCCACUGGUUUUCCAGCUGGACAGACUCAUUUAAAAACACGAUUAGAAGAGAUUAGGUUGGCUGUGGAAGAUGGAGCUACGGAAAUCGAUGUUGUCAUUAACAGGAGCUUGGUGCUGGCAGGCCAGUGGGAAGCCCUGUAUGAUGAGAUUCGUCAGUUUCGCAAGGCCUGUGGGGAGGCUCAUCUCAAAACCAUAUUGGCAACAGGAGAACUGGGAUCUCUUACGAAUGUCUAUAAAGCCAGUAUGAUAGCAAUGAUGGCCGGAUCAGAUUUUAUUAAGACCUCUACUGGAAAGGAAACAGUAAAUGCCACCUUCCCGGUAGCUAUAGUGAUGCUACGGGCCAUUAGAGAUUUCUUCUGGAAAACUGGAAACAAGGUAGGCUUCAAACCCGCAGGAGGUAUCCGUAGCGCAAAGGAUUCCCUUGCUUGGCUGUCUCUUAUUAAGGAGGAGCUGGGGGAUGAGUGGCUGAAGCCAGAACUCUUUCGAAUAGGUGCCAGCACUCUGCUGUCAGACAUUGAGAGGCAGAUUUACCAUCAUGUGACUGGAAGAUAUGCUGCUUAUCAUGAUCUUCCAAUGUCUUAGAUCAGCAACCGGUUACCAAAAAGUUCUUUUCAACAGCAUGUAAAAAUUAUUUUUCUCUAUAAUUGUUACAAUGAUUAAAAUAUAGGGCUUUCAUAUUUUUUCCUCUGAAAAUCGUCAUUGAACUUAAUUCAAAAAAUGAAAGAAAAACAAACUAAUCCACGUGUGGUACUCAUUUCAGCACAUCUGAGAUCGUCUAGUUUCUUGAAGAUCUGCACUAUUAAUUGUGUGAAGGUUUUCUUCUGAAAUCUUGGAGUAAAAUGUUCACAGUAGCUUUGACAACAUCAUAUUCUGUGGAGAAAACAAAAACACGUUAACCUGCCUAAGAAGCACACUCUAGCAAAGGAAAAGGCAGCACCUGUGACCUGCUGCUGUUACAUCUUCAGAAAUCACUGUUUUGGGACUAAUUUCCUGCCAUGAAAAUCCGUCUUUAAUUUUUGCAACAGAUAGGCUCUUUUAUGAAUUGUUUUGCUAAUGAAAUUUCCAGCACCGUUAUAUGAAACUAUGAAUUUCAUUAAAUUCUUUAGGUAAAAAAAGUUCAUAUCGUUGUUUCCUUAAAACAAACAAACAAGCAAAAAACUUCAAGGUCAGGUCCUUGGCUUAGUGUCAAAGGCAGCAGGAUCCCAGGACCAGCAGUUAGCGUAAUGGCUAUGUCGCUGGACUCCCACAUGGUCGACCACGGUUUGAGUC